GAUGAGCAGCAUUACGAAGGCAACGCAAGCACGGUGUUGCCUGAGAGUGUGGUAACCCUGAACCAACCGCCUGAGCCCCCCCGCCACCAUCAUUCUCACACCAACCAUCUCACAACUUCAUCCCCUCCAAACCGACCCCCAAAACGCAAUACCACAACACAACCGCCACAACCCAGCACCCACAGUACCACCAACCGCAACACACACACCACAAAACAGACCACAAACCACACCACAAACCACCAUGCCCCAACCCAACCCCUCCCAACCCCACCACACCUUCACCCUCUCUCUCAUAACCUACGACCGCGGCCCGCACCCCCUCACCAACCUCCCCCGCCCCCACCACUGGGCCUACUUCCUCGACCCACCAUCACCACCGCCGAGUAGCGGGGUCUCCGGUUUCGACCGCGGGGCCGGAUCCGAAACCGAAACUUCACGCGGCACCGUCUUCCAAUUACGGGGCAUGCCGGGCGGGUUCUACUACCCCGGCCCGGAGUGGUUGGAUGUGAAAGAUGGUGGGGUGGUGGUGGGGCGGUUGGAGGUCGGGGAGGUGCGCAGGCACAAGGUUGUUGGGGAGGGGGAUGGCAUGGAUGGGGGAUGGGAUGCGAUGGCGGGGGUGGUGAAGAUGAUUGAUGGGGUUCUGAGGGACGUGGAAGUGGUGGAGGAUGAGAAUGUGGCGUGGAAUUGUCAGGAUUGGGCGCUGGAGGGGCUGGAAAGGUUAAAGGGGGCGGGGGUGGUUUAUGAGUAUUUGGAGAGGGAGGGGGUGAGGGCGUGGUUGAAGGAGCGGUGAGGUGUGAUGCGCUGGGGGGGAGGGGGAGGGAGAUGGGGUUGGGGGUGCUUAUUGAUGGCUACCUAGGUACAUAUGGAUGGCUU